CCACCGAUCUGCUUGUUCUCCGCGGGCACUUUCUGGUGGCCUCUCGGUUGUGAUUUCAGGGUGUGCUGAUGUGCUGACACAAAAUGACCGAAUAUUCGACGACGACACCGUCCACGAGACCUAGGUCGCCUCUCUUUGGCACCGCCACAUUCUCAACACUUUCUCCCUCGCGAACACCCAUAUCUCCUUCCAUUUUCUCUUCCGAACGUUCAGAUACACCAAUUGCUUCAUCAUACGAUAGUGACGAUGCUUCGUCCUUACUUGGAAUGCGUCGCAUCACCGUCUCACCCUCUCCUAGCUCAAAGCAUUCUGAUAUAUACCCGGACGAUACCUCUGCACGAGGGGUAGAUGCUGAGCUCUCCUCCAUUGACGAUCAAAUUGACGACUUUCUGUCUGAGAUGUCGCACGAUUCCCCUGCGAGGACGCCUUCCACCUUCACUUCUUUGACUGGUCCGUCAACCUACACUUCAUACACGGAGCCGUACGCUUUCACUUCAUACACUGGCACGCAGACAGCUUCCGGCUCUCUGUCUUCCGGCUCGCAACCUUCGGUCGACUAUCGCCCUGCUGGGUCACCGCUCAUGGAUCGUGACAGGCGCGUGCUAAGCACCAUCUCUGAACACACCGAAAACACGCGCUCCCGUCCAAACUCGUUUGAGCAGCCCGGAGCUAAGCCGACCACUCAUUACUCGAAUGGAUCGUCUGGAGACGAACACAAACAGUCAGGUCAUGCUAGGGCAUCCACGGAGCCAGGAGGAACAACGCACACACCAGGUCGUGCUCUUCCUGCAACUCCGGGCCUGCGGGUGGUUGAGAAGAUUGCCUUCUUUGAGGACAAAGACAAAGCUUCUGGCACCAGCCCGUUGCGGGUGCUUGGUCAUUCUAGAACUGCUUCCGCUCCAUCGGGACCGCGAUCUCCUAGCCCAGUCACACCGACACAGAGCCAUUCAAUGCCUAAUCUGAGCACUGCUGGAUACGGCUACAGCACCACUGGUUAUGGAUCGCCGUCGAACAAGUCACCGGCGUCGCUUUUCUACUCCGGUUUCGACUCAACAAUGUCCUCGAUGUUGUCGCCACCCCGCCCAGCGACAUCCCUUUCGGGCGACUCUCGCGUUCCCCCAAGCACGACUGGAACGGCAGUGUUCACCAACUAUUCUCCUGGGCAUAUAGGGUUGCAGACGGCUUCCCCCUCAACCUCAUACGUGAAUGGAAGCUCAAGUACGUUCACACCAUCCUUCACCGGCACGAGUCUGCACACAACCCCAACCUCGUCUACUGCGACGGCCCAGCCGAUGUCUCACAGCGAGCGCUCGGCAGUUAAUCAAGUCCGCAGCGUAAUCAACAGAUGGAAAGAGCGGACGCCAUCAAUGGGCAGAUCUGACCAUUCUGUCGACUCACCGUCGCCAGCUGUGAGCGAGGGAUUGUUCAGUAUCAGGCGUAGGGCGAGCCGCGGGAGUGCGAGGCUCCGAGAUCAGGCGCUGCAGGCAGCGUACCGUCAGUCGGGGAGGAGCAUUAGCGAUCAAGUCAUACCUGAAGCAGGUGUUCCUGAGAGCACCAACGGCAGUGAAUCGCUGAGCACGAGCGGGUUGCUUCCACCUCCGUUUGAUCUUGCCGAAUUGGGUCAGUAUGCAGGCACUUCUGACUCACAGGAGCCCGUACGCAUUGGUCUACUAUGGUAUCUGAACGUCCAUGCCCCUCCGCCAUACAGGUGGCAACGUUGCCAGGCAUUGCUAUAUCCCCACAUGCUCCUCCUGUCAUGGGUCGCUCCGGGCGGCGGACGCGGCGUCGUGACGUUGGAUUUGCUGAAUUGUACGGAGGUCCGAUCAACGGCGUCGCCGACUCAUCAUGCAGCGCAAGACGAUGUGGGAACCUUGGCCGCGAUCACGCAGAGCCAGAACGCGAGUACCGCGGGAGAGGCACAGAUGGGCGAGCUGGAGCUGGUGCAGGCGCUAUGUCCGUUUCAACUGCUGUAUACUGAUGGGAUAGAGAGGCUCGGCACGGAUAGCCCGAGAGAACGGGUUAGAUGGGUCAGUGCAAUCUGGGAUGUACUUGAUCGUGCUGUGUCUAUUCCUGACCGGUCGGCCACAGGCUCGCCCACGGGCUCGAUACGUACGAUCCGUUCAUCCACCAGUACUGCCUCGACGCAAUCCACCUCCGCUGGCUCCGCAUUGACGCGCUAUGUUCCGCUGGUCGAGAACAUUCCUGACAUUUCCGAUCUGGUAUCCCUUUCCGGCUCGAGCACUCACACAGGUCUUUCUCGUCAUCCUUCUCUUGCGUCGACACAUCGCACCCGUGCCGCUGAUGACUUGGCUGUGUCUAAUCAGACAUACGUAUAUCCCGGAGACCCGCGCGUUAUCGCUUCCAGCAGAAGUAGUUCCUUGCGCCGGACGAGCUCCCUCACCGAUCUCGAUGAGGAGUUCGCCUCUGCGGUGCGAAGAGCGCGAGACGCACGUCCAGGUCUUGGGUUUGGGCUAUCACUUGCGGGUGGUAUUCCGGUAGGUGACGGAUCACCUGUGACAGUGUCAAGUGGGCCUCGGCUAGGACGCGAUGUCUACAUGUCACCACCGCCAACCGUAGGAAGAGUGGGCGACAAGGUUCGCGGUCGUGAGAGCAGUACAGUAUCUGUAUCUGAUGGUACGUUCUUCACUGCCCCAUCAUUCACCGAUAGAAUCAAGACACCGACAUCAAGCACCUAUUCGUCAUCCUUUACGCACACGUUCACGCCUGCGGUUACUAAGAACAGCACUGGCUUGACUGAAAGCGAAUCUGCUCUGGAAAUCGUUUCGGGUAGCGGCAUAGACAUUGUCACCUCGACUCUCUCAUUGAGAGAAACAACAUCUGCAUCUUCACUAGGGGAUUCACAAAGUGGCUCCAGCCAUCUCUCCGUUCCAGCGUCCUCGCGCAGUACGUUAUCGAGAUCGAGAGAAAUCAGACGAAGGACACCAAGAAGCAGCUCGAGAUCACGAUCUGCUUCUUACGUGGGCAGCACUGAUGAUACGAUAGACAGAGACACAUCGCCCGGUUAUCCGUCAUCGCGAGGACGAACGGCGACGGAUGAUCUCAGUACACUAGAGAGCUACUCACGGACCGACACGUACACGUAUACGCCGACACCGUCAACAUUGUCUUACACGAGGUCCGCCACGGAGACAGCCAGCGAUGUACCGACGCGCUCAGUUACGACUGAGGCUUCUCUUCCUUUUCGACCCAGAACACCGUCGGAGUUCUCUUACAUGUCUUUGGAGACGAUCCCUUCGCUGCAUACUACAGAAUACGAAACAGCGGAGGUAUGCUCUACUGAGUACGAAACGGCGCCCAAGUGUCCCACUGAGCGAACUUCGGAAUAUGAGACGGCGGAUGUUUGCACCACAGAACCUGGGAGCGAGUACAUUACAGCGAAUGUAUGCUCGUCCGACGCAUCCACAGAUUACAGAACAGCCGAAUGCCGGUGCCUCAAGCCUGACGCGAUCGAUGACGAUGCCAUGAGCACCAUGGCUCCUUCAACUAUCCCGACGAUACCAUCGCCGCCGCCAGAAAGUUUCAUGGAAAGAGAGAUCCAGCCAGAGGACGCUCCGUUACCAUCGACGACGUUCAAUCCCUCGACGGAAUUCAGCAUGUUCGUCGAGCCGACUCCCUCUGUUCUUUCUUCCAGGUCAAUACCCGGACCUUCGCCCAUUCAGCCGCCUCCAUCCGUCCCUCGAAGCCUUCCCUCCAUGUCGAGCAUCUCUUCUCCCACGGAGUCUUCAGUGACGCCAACAUCGUCUAGUCUACUCACGCCGACAGUGCCCUCAACGCUGCGGCGCUCGCCAAUUCCGCCGAGUCCUUCGGUGCCCGAAUCGCUAUGGGCCGCCGAAUCCGAUGGGUCAUACGAGUCAUCACUGCUAAGAGCGUCACCUUCAGUACAAUCGCUUGCAUUGCCCGAAGGGGUGGAUGCGUCAUUCGACACAUCAUUUCUCCGACCUACCAGUUCUGUCCCUUCUUCUACGCUCACGCCGAUCACUGAAGUCAGCACUGGGGCCACUCUGUCCUCGGCUUCCUCGUCGCUCACUCCUACUCCGUCGAGUGCGUCGUUGCCUCCGAGUGUGCCUUCUCCGACACCUGUGUCUUCAAGGUCAAGUUUGGCUGUCCCUAGCCUACAUCUCAGUCGCACAGCCUCUUCCGUUUCUGCAGCUUCAUCUGUCUCCAUGCGCUCAUCUGUUCUUGAACCGAGGUCUCUUAUGGAUUUCCCAAUGUCUGAGCCAUCUACCAUGCCAUCUCUGCCAUCGACAGUCAAGUCACAAUCCCCACCAAUUCCUGUUUCGUCAUUGGCGAGAAUGUUGUCACCGCCAUCCGUACCGCUUCCGCCAUCUCCGAUGCCGUCCGCACCGUCAGGGACUAUGAGUGUCAGCAUCAGUACGCCUCGCGGCGACGUGCCUUCUAUCAUGUCCGACAUCGAGACGAUCCCAUCUCAAGCAUCGAGCCAUAUUCUCACUCAUGAUGUUAACCGCCUCCUGCAAUAUCUGCACGAAAUCGACGGGCAGCGUGGCGCUGAAAAUCGAGAGAUUGCUCAAGACAUACAAGACAUCAGACGACUGUUGGAAGAUCUAAGAGACAAUCAACGUCCGAUCGAAGUGCAGAUGCCGGAGACUCCACCUCCUGUUCCAAUGAAGGAUAGAUCUGUUGGGGGGAGUAAUGCGAUCUCGUCGGCACGGUUGAUACCUGCGGCCCGUCGCGAACUCUCUAUGCGCGACAUGGCUCCCGGGUCUCGUUUGAUCCCGCUCACUCUCACACCGCCUCCGGUACGACUGCCAUCGCCCUUGUCGGAGACAGAGUCCAUGUCCUUCCUCUCCUCACACCAUUCAGAUGACCUCAGCUUGCUAGAAUCAGAGUCCUACCCACCGAUGCCUCCAUCUCCUUCCUGGCCGUCCUCAUCCGACUCUUCUCCCGCCUCGUCUCCGCAGUCAGCAGGGCCACGUACUCCGUCGCCGUCCUCUCCGGCUCCCUCAACGUCUUCUAGCGGUACUGCUCGCCCCGUGCCCAGCAUCAACUUGGGCGAUCUUCGUGAUGCUUUGACGCGGAUGCGAGAAGAAGUAGGCGGCCUUAGAGAUGGUCAAAUCGAGGCCAACCACGUUCUCGAUGAGUUGCGUAAUAGGGCUCUUGGUCAAGAUGUAGCAGAUGUUUGCCGGAGAAUAGAGGAUGGGUUGCAACAGCUGCUGUAUCAAGCACAACAACCAAGAUCAGCUGAACAACAGCAGCCAAUGCCACAGCCGCCACCUCCGCAAUUCCCUCAAGCACCACAAAUGCAACCUCAGGCGCUCGAAGACCUGCCCGAAUCUGUCUACUCAUUGGGCUCAGAGCCUUCAUUGCGAGACGUCGUUCAGCGGCUUAGAGAGUUGGGCCGUGAGCAGCCACAGAUUCAAAUGCCCAUUCCCCGUCGCGCUGGGCCUUCGUUUGACGAGAGGUUGGUUGAUAUCCUGUCAGAAGGUCAACCACCAGUCCAACAACCAGUUCAACCCCCACCUCCUAUAAUCCCGUUGACAUAUCGCCCUGGUCCCCGCGGUACUCGCCCUCGCAGUGCAAGUCCAAUCUUCGAGGGUGACUUGCCGCCUCGUCCGGGCACAUUCCCUAUCACUCGACCUGUACAUACUGAGAGGCCCCCUGCUCGUCCUAUCCGGACACGGCAGCCUGCGAGCCAAUAUGCGAUGCCUCCCUCAUCGGAAGGAGGAGAAUCAAUGUAUCCGCCCCGCGGCGGACCCUUAGGGACUGGCCGCCCUCCGGUAGGUCCUCCCGGAAGCGAUAUCGAUUUUGAUCGCGAGGUUCGACGACUGCGUAGGCAGCGUCAGGCAGGGGGUGAUGGGUUUCACGACAUAACGCGGGGUCCAGGCAGAGCUCCGACUGCCCCUGCAGCUUUGGGUGUUCCCAGAUCCAUUGGCCCUUCAGCACCGACUGAGGCCGGUCAAGCAGUACCUCCACCGGGCGCCUUUGCCCAUGCAGUGCCGACAAUCUUACAAGUACCCUUUGACGAGAUAUUGGGUCUUUUGCGGGAGAACCGAGCUGCGCACAGUGCAUCCAUCGACCAGAUCCGGGAAAUCAUGAGGUAUCUCAGAGACUUCAACGAGUGGCAUGGGCGAGAUGUCCAAGAUAGACAUACAGAGAUGAGCGGUUUGAGUACCAGAAUCGAUCAGAUAGGUGGCCUCCUAAAUGAAUUGCUGGACAGACGUGCCGAAGGCAUACCUGGUGUCAUUCCGACUUUCCCGGGGGCCCAGCGAAGCGUCGGUAUGCCUCCAGGUGUGCCACAGACAGGUAUCACCAUGCCUCAGCCUCAACCUGGAGUAGGAGUAUAUCCACCGGGCUUUGUGCCGCAGCCAGGAGUAGCCGUUGUCCCUCCAAUUGAUGGUAGCAGGACUCCGUCGCCAGGCUUCCCACCUGUCAUACCGCCUACGCCUCAGCAGGCUCAAUAUCCAUCCCAAUUUCCGGUGACUCCACCAGGGCCGCAAUAUAUGCUACCCGCACAGCCACCCCCGGUGCUUUAUACAGGUCCAGCGGUAGUUGGUGAGGAACCGCCAUUUAUGCCUCCUUCACCGACGUACUCUGGUUCCAGCGACAGGACACUGACCGACAGGACACGUUCGGAUGAGGGAUCUAUCCGGUUUAUCCCUCCCCAAGGGGUGCCAGUACAGCAGGUGCCAGGAGGGCAAUUUUUUCCACCCCCUGGUGUCACUGUCCUGCCACCACCGCCAUCACAACCGCCGGUUGUUAACGUAGAGCGCGAUUAUACGGCCUCGCCCUCCAUCCGACAUUCCGGCGAAGAACGUCCUGCCGACAUUGGCAGCGGGACUCGAUCGCCUCCACUCCAUGUUCUCACUGAGCCACGUGUGGGGUCUCCACGGCAUCCUGAUGCUCCCUACGGGCAGCCAUCGACGAUGGGGGGGCUUCAACCUCAGCACACAUUGGUCGCCCAACCACCACCAGGCACUCAUGUUUUACCUCCGGAAGUCAUACGAAUGCGUUCUGCCUCGCCUAUACGUUCUUUCGGUGAGGAGGAUCGAGAUGCAGUGCCCCACGGUACUUUUACACGCAUCGACCAACCUCCCGGAGGACAUCCAUUCGCACCAGGCUAUCCUUCCCACGCGGCAGCAGAGCCAGUUCCUGCUCAAUUUGAUCAGCGCGAAGAACCUGUUUUGAUGCAACAGAGCCCGCCUCGAUCUGCGAGGCCAGAUUUUGUGCCUACACCGGGGAUGCGCACGGCUGACCCCGCACGCCCUCAUUAUGCCUCUCGUUCUCCUUCCCCUAUCAGGGUACACGUUCCUUCGCAGGUUGAGCCGGAAGUUCCAUAUGGUCGAAUCCCUUCGUCCCAUCCACGAAGUAUAGCGGGCGCCUCUAGACCUGUGACCAUUCGAGUACCGUCUUCACGGCCAGAGUUGUCUCCGCCUCCACUUGAAGGCUACGAGGACCCUCGACAACGGCGGGCCCGUCCAGAUGAAGAGCCACACGAGUCUGAUAGAGACCGUGGGGGACCUGAAGAUCAUCGUCGGAGCGGAUCCCGUGCAGGCGGCGAAUUCCAUGAUCCUGACCGUUCCGGACGAGGGUUUGCCUCUGGCGCUCGUUCUCCUGGAUACUCGGAUGCGGAAGAGCCUGCCCGCCAACGACCACGAUCUCAGCGAGCGGAGCCAGGACACGUCGAACUCGUGCGCUCACCACCGCCAGGAACGCCGCAUAUACAGGUUGAACGUUCGCCUCAGCCAUCCGUGCAUGGUUCAUCUCCACGGUCUGAGUAUGGACCUCUGCCUCCGCAUUCAGAGCCCCAUCGCAUGGAACGGUCGCCUCCAACAUCCGGCCAUGUACAAGUGCCAUCAUCAGAAGAAGAGGAGCUACCUCCACCGGGCCCAUCGCGUCGCUCUGGAGUUCCUCCUCGUUCUCCAGCGCCGCCGACAUACAUAGAGGUAUCAGAACCAGGAGCUGAACCUGGUUAUGGCCGCCAAGAGUUACAUUCUCCUGAAACCCGCACUGUCCAUGUGGCUCCUUCCAGAUCGGGCUCAGUGACCCCGCGGCCGCAUUCUGCAUAUUUACAUGGUCCUGGUUCACCAAGUCAUGAGAUUGAACGAUCUCCAAGCAUUGCUUCGGACUUGGAAAGGACAUAUGGCGACGCGGACAGGCGGAGCCCAGGAGCGUCUCGCGUACCUACUCACCCAGCCGAGCCGUCCGCAUCGUACCGUGUCUCCCGCAGUGAAGAGCCAAGACCUGAGUAUACUCGAUCAAUUGCGCCGAGCGUUGAACGUAUGCCAUCACCAUUGCCAGUACCCCCACCGCGUUCCGAGGCUUCAGGGCCUCCUGCUGGAUCACAAUAUGCGGAGCCCCGCGAUGUGGGAGUCCCGCGCACAGCGUUCGCUGAACCUGGACAAUUCGAGCGUCCGCCAGCUUCAGCUGCCGUUGAUCAAUAUAGGGCGUCGGGCCCCGGCGAACUCGGGUUCGAAGAAGCGGAACGGGAACGUGCCGAUCGCUUCGGAGCACUUGAUCAGCAGCUUACUGACACGCUUGCUGCAGCCCAGAAUGCGGAAGAACGACGAGAGCAGGAUUUCAGAGCAAAUGAGGAUGAGCGAGAGCAUAUUUUCGAAGUGAACGAACGCCGCCGAGAUCAAGAAGCCAUGCAGCGGCGAGAUGAGAUCUGGAGAGAGCUAGAGCAGCGAUUGGCCUCUUUAGUCCCACAAGCGCAAGAACCAUUACCUGUGCCUCCGCCAGGCGAAACUGGCGCUGUUACCGAAGGAGAGGUACCGCCUACCGCCGAAAGCGAAGCCGGUCGAGCACUGUCUGUGGUGUCGGAAACUCCCGUCGAGGGCACUGCUCCCGGUGUUGACACCCAGUCCAUCAUCGAGUCCAUUCAGAGUGCUACUCAAGACGCUGCGACAAGGCAUGCACACGAGAUCCUAGAGACCGUUCGUCUUGAGCGAGAAGAGCUGGCACGCGAGCGUGAGCUGGCACAAGCAGAACGGGAUCGUCAUCGGGAAGAGCUACAAGUGGAACGUGCACGACUGGAUGAAGAGCGCGAGGCGCGCAUACGCGCGCUGACGGAAGAGAACGCUGCACUGCGGGAGGAGAACGCGUCCAUCCGGGCAGAGCUCGAGAAUGAGCGGCAGCUGAGGCUGACGGAGGACAGCGAGAGGCGCGAGCGUGAGCGGGCCGAGUUGCUCGAGCGGGAUGAAGCUGUGCGGAACCAGCUGAGCGACAUCACGAACCUCGUCUCGGAGCAACGGGAUGAGCUCACCCGCACGCGCUCGGUGGCAGACGAGCGGUGGGCCGAGAAGCAAAACUGGAGGGAACAGGACAACCAGCGCCAAGAUGAGCUGCGGGAGAUGGUGGAUCGUAUUAUUGCAGACAGGGAGGCUGACAAGGCUCAGAUGGAGGAGGAACGGCUUGCUAGAUCUAACGAUCCUACGAUACAACAUGUUUUGGACGAGAUGGCGAACUUCAGGGCAGAGCAAGAUCGCAUACUGCGUGAAAUGUCUGAUGAAUGGCGUAAUGAGUGUGCGCAGAUGCACGAACGAACCAUGGAUGCUGUGAGGGCCACGGCACAUGAGCAGAUUCCAUUUAACAUCCAGGGCUACCUCGAUGAGUUCAGCAGGUCCCUCGCGAAUGAGGUUCGCAUGCUGCUUGCCGAGGUCGGUAAUUUGAGGGAACAACGGCGCAACUUGCAAUACGAACUGGGCUGCCUAUUAACGAUGAAGGCGAAGAUGGGCCCUGGUGGCGAAUUUGAUCCCGAUUGGAGACCUGCAACCGGACCUUGCGCGCAAAAUCCUGCUACAGGCGCUCCGCCAUCUGAGGCGCCCCCACAGUCCGAAGCACCGCUGCCCCCGCCCCCGCCAGAAGAGCCCGCCCCCGCCCGGCCUGGAUGGCGUACGAUGCAGCCCCGUCUAUCUCGUCGCUCGCGGAGAGCGCAGGCUAGUGCGCCACCUCCGCCGUCUGAACCGCCGGCCCCUGAACCGCGCCCUUCAGAAUCGUGGGCUACGUGGCAGCCGAAUCCUGCGUUCGUCCCAACCCCGCCCAGUGUAUCCGUCCGACAUGAGCUCCUCGCGCCGCCGCAGCCGAGCCCUGGGUUGUUUGGACCACGCUCGCCUCGUGACUCGCUUAAUCGCGGAUGAACACGAUACUUCAACACCGAGAACCCAUGACCUUGUGACGAUGUUUUGAUCUACGUUUGUGAUAUGACCAAUUUUUCGUCGACAUACCACCUUGCUGUACCAUACCCUCAUGACUUGUUUGAUUCCUCAGUCUUCUUGCUGUCGCCCUUCUGAAUAUCUUGUUGUGCUAUAUACUACUUGCUGACGCCUACUCACUUGAAACCAUUGGAUCUGUACUUGCAACCUUACGGAAUGUUAAUCUUGUGUUGUGCUUGGAUCGGAUAACCGCAUGUGUUGUAGCAUGUAUCUGUCAGAAUUUUAGACCUCUUGAUCCCCUUGUAAAUAUGAUUGGUCGAUAUACAGUCUGCUGUCUCGUAUUACAUCUCC